GGCGAUGGAGGCGAUCGUCAAGUUGCGAAAAGUUGGAAUAAUGAAAGAUCUCGUAAUAGGAUAUAUCUACACCAACCAACAAUUACCGGUGAAAAUAUCAACGGGUUUAUAAAUAUGAACAAGAAUGGGACUUUUGUUUCUGGAUCAUCUAUAUCCAAAAGAGAUCAUGAAGGGGACGAGCAUAAGGAUCGAACAAAGAAGAUGAAAACAAUAGACUCGCAAAUAGACGAAUUUUUUUCCCCGGUGAAAACUCACGAAAACAUGAAUAAUGACCACGAUAAUGCGGAGGUUGCCUUAGAGCCACAGUGUCAUCUUCCCGAAGAAGAGUUAGAAGAUAAAGCACGAAAGCUCCUCAAAGAUUAUUGGGAAGAUGUCAUCAGCACUAUAGAGAAGUUUUUGAUGUCUAGGCCAGAUGCAACACCGAUUGAUUCAGAUUCUGACUCCGCUUCAGCUUCAACUGAUCAAACCAUGGAACAAGAUGGGCGGGCAGAAGAUAUUAUUCAAUAUUUAACGAAAAUAUCGAAAAACGUG